UGGGAAGCUGCAGUUCCCGGCGGGGAGUCGCGAAGUUUCCGCGCGCGCGGUGGGGGAAGCCGCUUGUCUAGCUCUUGAAGGCGGGAGUCCUUCCCGGCUGCAGUUCUUGGCGUCGGGUGCAAGGAUGAGCGAGCAAGAGGAAGUAGCGUGAUCUCCGGAGGAGAAGGAAAUGGGGUCUCCUGAAGCAGCUAAGAGGAUCCUCCCAACGUGGAUGACAAAGAGGGUGACUGAGCCAGCACAGCAAGCAGGGAUGAAGCCAAAGAGAAGGAAGAAGGCAGCUUUGGCAAAGUUUGAGACUAUCUAUUGUAUGAAUGAAGCUGAACUAGUAGAUGCAGCUCUUUGCAUGAUGGCCGAGAAUUGCAAGGCCAAGGAAGCCGAGAUGACUUCGUCAGAAGAUGAGUCCCAAGGGCCUCAGCAAGUGCUGGAAAAUCCUCUCUGCAGUUCACUUAGUGGCAGCCACCAAGGCAGAAGAACCCCCAGUGUUGGACCCAAACCCCCAAAAGAGUUGGAGGCUUUAGGCUGCAUUGAGAAGACCAAAUCUGAGGAAGAGGAGGAGGAGGAUGCCUUAAAAUAUGUCCGGGAGAUCUUCUUUACUUAACUUUCAACCAUGAGCAGAUAAUGCCUUAUUUGAGACACUGGCAAUUUGGACACAUGAAGGUCAGACGAUCUGUUGUCCAUCCCUGUUGUGUAAAGGACUGCUCAGCUAAUGUUGGUGAAACACUUAAAAAAUGUAUUUUUUUCAAAGGGGCACAGAACUGGUAGAUAAGAUAAAAUGCUUCCAAUGGAUAUUUGUUCUGUUUUUAAUCAGUCACACCGAGUUGUGUUUAACAAACCUUUAAUUUCAGUAUCUCUUGUAUAAGUAACAAAGACUUGGGUUUGGUGACAAGACGCUUGAAAAAAUGUUAUUUGGCUACAAUUGCAUAAUGUUAAGCUUCCCAAAAUGCUUUGUUUACACUUGGAACUGAAGGAAAAGAAAAACCUCCCAGCAUCCCAUAGCAAUAUGGCUACGCAUCAGCCUAUAUAAUUAGAGAACGCUCCCACUUUUAUCAGUCACUAUCAGUAUUCUCAUGAUAGCAGCAGCAGCUAGGUGUCUGCAAUGUGUGUUCAACCAUACUUAAAUGAAUUCUUUUGCAAACAACUAAAUACAAAGGAAACCAGGAAUCUUGCACAUGGCAGAGAUGGGAGGCUGUGACCCUGGAGUAAGAUUCCCAUAGUCCCUCCUAUUAACCAUGCUGCCUAGGACUGGUGGGAGCUGGCAGCCCCACCAACAUCAGGAGGGCUACAGGGUCCCCACCCCAAGCAUAAAAGGAGCAGCAGGCCCCUGCACCGCUGCGUUUGAUUGAUGGUAUGAAUAAAUGGAGUAUUAGCAGCCAUCUAUACACAGGGAAGUGAAGUAAUCCUGGCUCCUGUUCACUGAACCCGUCUUUGGUUGAAAGCUAGAAAAUACACAACCACGUCCAACUUUAAACGCCUUUGAUCAAUACAAAAGUUGUAAAAGAA